AACCUUUCGGCCUCCAAAAUGGGCAAGCCCCACUUAAUGAAAUGUCUCAUCUUACUCUGCUAUUUGAGGGUUUUCUCUGGGUCACUUUCAGGCGAUAUUAACAAAUCUGAUAAAGUACUGGUUCAUGAAAAUAACAAUGUUGUGGAAAUUGUGCAGUGCAGGAUGUGCCACCUGCAGUUCCCUGGAGAAGAGUGCUCCAGAGGAAGAGGAAUAUGUACUGCGACGGUAGAAGAGGCAUGCAUGUCUGGAAAGAUCUUCAGAAAGGAUGGUUCCAAAUGGUUAUACUUCAUGGGCUGCUUAAAGAACUGUGCUAAUGUGAAAAAAAUAAAGUGGGGCUCCUAUUUGGUGGACUUCAAGUGCUGCCGGGGCUACGACAUGUGCAAUGAAAAGUUUUAAAAGUUUCUGGGCCUUUUGUGCUCCAACAUCUGGGUGAUGAAAUGGCUUGUCCACAAUGACCUCUGAGGAUGACAUGACAGAGGAAGACUGCAAACAUAUGGCUCAGCCUUCUACAUGUGGGAAGAAAAGCACCCUUCUUCUAAGUUCCUUCCUGUUUCAAAACCAGUAAAAAGUGAAUAAAUAAAACUUUCUUACCAAGAUCA